UCACUGGCGGGACAAAAAAAAAAAACUCCAGCAAACGCUUCCAGUCUCCCGACGCUUCAGCAGCGUUAUAUUAUUUAUAUAAAUUGAAUGAAUAUAAAUAUACACGAGUUUCAUCGAUUUUGGAGUUCGUUUACAUUCGUUACAGUGUGAGAAAUGGUGGCCAGGGGACAGAAGCGUAAACUCCACAGAGAGGACGAGGGAAGAGGAUCGGCGCGGGAGAGUCAGCUGCAGUCCGUGUUGGACAUCUCCAUGGAUAAGUUCCUCCGUGACCAGGCUCUCGUGGAGCCCUGCUUGUUACGGUCGGUUCUGAUCAACAACACACUGCGGCAGGUCCAGUCCGAGGUCCGAGCGCAGGUCGAAUCGCUGUCCGCUGUAAAAAUUCCCAUGAAAUUAAAACCAGAGCCUGAUUUUACACAGUUAUCUCCUCCAGCGGAGCAUAAUGCGUCUUUAUCAUCACCGAAUGCUGAAAAUACGGAGGAUGAUUUCAUGGUAUGGACUUCAGAAGAGGAUUUCUCUUUAUCUUCAGCCAUUUCUGCCAUUCUCAAAGAUCUAGAUGCAGUCAUCGACGCCGGUCAAGGGCCUUGUGCAUCUCAGCGGGCUCCGCUCCGCUCUGUAGAGAAUCUAACACCGUGUCCUCCGAGGACUGAGAGAACGUCUGCUGUGGCAUCAUCUGCCAAAACAGAGCUGAUGUGUCCAGGUCGUCCUCAGGAUGCAGCGCUAGAUAAACUUCUCCUAGACAUCGACCCGUCUGUGUUUGAACCAGAGCUGAACCUUCUGCAAGGUUUCUCCGUCACGGCCGACGAUCUAGUGAAGUAUCUGCCAUCCCUGUCCAAAUCCCCAUCAGCGUCCUCUUCCUCCUCUUUAGUCUCUAACGGUCAGGCCAUGUGGGAAAUCCAGGAGAUCGAGCAUGUCAUGGACAUCCUGAUGAGAACGUACCCGCAAAGCUGAUUUUGAUGAUAUCGUGUUCCUGAUGUUGAGGUUAUGAACGGUUUUAAUGGAGGCAUACUAAAGACAUUUCUACAAGGGAUUGAAUAAGGCUUUGCGACCUCAUGUUAAAACCGCAGUCUUUAGUCCUCUUUUUUUAUGCACAUCUCGUUCUGUUUCCAGAAAUGAUCUUUCGUGCAGAUUCAUUCAAGGCAUCAGAGUUCAGCGACUGUUAUACACAAUAUUUUUCUGGAAGUGAAUCCUUCCGAAUGUGCCAUUUUAUUUUUUAUUUUUUUUAUUGCUUUAUGAAAUAAUGUUAUUCUCUGAAAUAUGCACUUUCCAUUGCCUUUAAGUUCUUACAUACCUUGCAGGUUACCAUUAGGAGCAUACUUUAAAAAGACCAAGGUCAUUAAAAUAGAAGAUAUUAAAUGUUACAUGAGCAUUAUGGACAUACUGGUGCUGUUUCAAGCAAUGAACGUGUAGUUGGCUAUGCAAAAUAUUUACUAUGCCAAUAUGAAAUUAUAAUGUGAAUAUUAAUCACUCUUUGUAUUCUAUUGUUGUACUUUAAAUAAAGUGGUGCUUGGUGAAAUCA